UCUGCUUUGUUUGACUCAGGUAAAUCGAUUGCUUCGAUCUAACUUCACUAGCGUCGGUAAUGAUGAGUAGAGCUCGGCUACUUGCGGAACUUUCCGAAAGCAAUGCUUUCGCUCACCAAUAGUCUGAUGGCGAGUUGUUAUGAGUCUUAUGAGAGGGUUUCUACACGAACUCGUGGGAAGGUCGUUACAGCUGAUUACCUUCGGUCGUGGUUGACCACCCAUGUCCGGACAUGGAAAAUCUAAGCUGAAGGGAGGAGCACUGCUAAGGUCAUGGGUGAAGAAGCUCGUUAGAAUUUAGUGUGCCCGGUUAGAAGACACGUAUAAAGUGAACUUUUAGACGAGAAGGCGUUGAACGAGUAAAAAGUCUACAUUCAAGAUCAACCAGUAUCCUAUAGUAGCUUGAUCUCAUUCAACUCAUUCGUCGCUAACUGCGACGAAAGGAAAAACGACGACAAUAAAAACUAGCUCCAGUCGAGAUCGCAAUGCCGUUUGGUUUGACAUUUCUACUCACCAGUUGUCAACAGGGUUGAGCAAAAAAAAAAGUUGCAUAUUCACCUUUUGUGCAUAUCACGCAAUAUUUUCGUUGGAACUACUGUUCGCUAUGCGAACCCGGACCUCUUCUGCCUUAUCAUUCUGACUAACAAGUAACCAAACAGACCCAAGAGGCCUGAUGUCAGCCGAUAGGGUUUCAUUUCACGAGCAACGGGCCUGCUUCGAUCGGACCGAUCGUAGUAAUGAGAUUUAAAUGCUGUGAUUAGUAUGCAGUUAGAGAGUUGCCGCGCCAUGUGUUCAAGACAAGAACUGUCCUUCGCUGGAUUCUUGUCCGUUUCCUCUCGCUCUCGCGCUCAUUCCUUCUCUCUCCCCUAUGCUUGUAGCAGGCACUUAGGCGGGUCUCGCUCUUGCUAUUCUCUCAGAACGUGCUCGGCUAGUUGGUGUGUUGUGCAACUCGAAUCAAGGUGACUGCGAACAGGUAUUCUCGCUGGAACUGCGACCGAGAACAGAAGUGUUGUUACCUACUAUCGAAGAAGCUGAAGUCGUGAUUAUCAGUUUGCGAUCGGUGCGUAGCGCGCGAGAUCUUCCCGAGAACAUCAUCCGAAAAGUGACUAGAAAAAUCAACCAGCGGAAAAUUUAUGCAAUCCGAUACAGUGUGAAAGUCUAAUUGUCAUUAAUUGUCAAUAUUUUCAGUUCACACAAUCUGCACGUGCCAAUGUCAACGAAGAAUUAUUGCAAUUAGGGUAGUUUUUUAGUGUAGUGUAUUUAUUUUUCCGACUUCGGAUUCAAGUUCAGUGCAGCGAAGAAAAAAAAAACACGAAAAUAAAAGUGACGUCGACGUCGGCAGUGACUUAAGUACCAACGAGCACACAGUGCACGAACCUUGGGCCGACCCCGGUGGCUUCGCGUUGACGAGACGGUUGUGGCCGGUUUGGUGUUUGCUGUUUACCUUUGAUUUUUUGGGGGCCAUCCCAGCUCUGCGGAGAGAAACGCGCCACUAGGGCGUAGCAUACCGGACCACACACACACACUCACACAGCCAGAGACGGCGGCAACACGUGCCUGCAAUACAUGACAAGAUGUUGAUAACUGGCAGCGAGACGAGCGUGGCGACGAUCGACGAUGGAGGGACGAUGUGGGCCAGGCAGCAGCAUGCCGUUUCGGUACGGCAUGCCUUCAAACAGUACGGAACCAAGAAGAAACCAAACAUGGUUCUAUCGAACCUGAACAUGACAGUCGCCAAAGGAACGAUCUACGGACUACUGGGAGCUUCCGGAUGCGGCAAAACGACACUUCUGUCGUGCAUAGUCGGACGAAAGCGGCUCAACUCCGGGGAAAUUUGGGUGCUCGGCGGCAAACCAGGAACGAAAGGAUCCGGUGUACCGGGCAAACGCGUAGGCUACAUGCCACAGGAGAUAGCUUUAUACGGGGAGUUUUCGAUCCGCGAAACGAUGAUGUACUUCGGCUGGAUCUUCGGCAUGCAGACGACGGAAAUCUCCGACCGGUUACGGUUUUUGCUCAACUUCCUCGAUCUGCCGUCCGAGUCGCGACUGGUGAAGAACUUGAGUGGUGGCCAGCAGAGGCGAGUUUCGUUCGCGGUAGCUCUGAUGCACGAUCCGGAGCUGCUAAUCCUGGAUGAACCGACCGUCGGCGUAGAUCCAUUACUUAGGCAAAGUAUAUGGAAUCAUCUAGUGCACAUUACCAAGGCCGGUCAGAAGACGGUCAUUAUAACGACACACUACAUCGAGGAGGCGCGGCAGGCGCACACGAUCGGUCUGAUGCGAUCGGGGCGACUGCUGGCGGAAGAGUCACCGGCCUGUCUGUUGUCGAUGUAUCGCUGCAGUAGCCUGGAGGAUGUCUUUCUGAAGCUGUCCCGCAAGCAAGGUCAAACAAACGUUGCACCUGCUGAGCUGAAUAUUAGCAAUAACAUCUCGCUGUCGGCGCUGGCGUUUGGCAAGGCCAAGGACAAUCCAGUUUAUGUGAGUCAGGAAAGCGGCGUCGUAGGACUGAACUUUCAUCAAAGUAAGGAGGUACUCAUAAGCGAUAGCAAUGGUUCGACGUAUGCGAUUAACGGGAUGAACGGGUCUCCUCCGGGAGCGAUUCGUGAAACGGUGGAGUGUGACGACUGUGCGGACUGCACAGAUUGUACGAACCUAACGACGCAGGGAAAACUUCGGGCACUGCUGGUGAAGAACUUCCUGCGGAUGUGGCGAAACGUCGGUGUUAUGUUGUUCAUUUUUGCACUGCCGGUUAUGCAAGUCAUCCUGUUUUGUUUGGCCAUCGGAAGGGAUCCUACCAAUUUGAACAUCGCAAUCGUCAACGGAGAAAUGAAUGCGUCCAACAGCGGGGAGUGCUAUUUCGAUGCCGGCUGUAGUUUUACCAAUCUUAGCUGUCGCUAUUUGAACCACUUGAACACAACGAUAAUGAAAAACUACUAUCCGGAUUUGGACUCGGCGAUCGACGCGGUACGGCAGGGGAAUGCUUGGGGUGCGCUCUACUUUACCGAUAAUUUUACCGACGCGUUGGUAGCACGUAUUGCACUUGGACGCGAUGCGGAUGACGAAACUCUGGAUCAAUCGGAGAUUCGCGUUUGGCUUGACAUGUCCAACCAGCAGAUCGGGAUAAUGCUCAAUCGGGACCUGCAAGUGGCGUAUAGAGAAUUUGCUCAAGAGCUGCUACGAGUGUGCGACAACAACCCGAAGCUAGGGGACGUCCCGAUCCAGUUCAAGCAACCCAUCUAUGGCACUAAUGAUCCUUCGUUCACCGAUUUUGUAGCGCCGGGUGUCAUCUUGACAAUUGUAUUUUUCCUGGCGGUUGCACUGACUUCGUCAGUAUUGAUCAUCGAGAGAACCGAGGGAAUGCUGGACCGAUCGUGGGUUGCUGGCGUCACCCCAGGGGAGAUUCUGUUUUCUCACGUUAUCACGCAGUUCGUGGUGAUGUGCGGACAAACGGCACUGGUUUUGAUCUUUAUGAUUGUGGUCUUUGGGGUCACCAACAACGGUGAGAUCGUGUGGAUAGUUUUACUGACUAUUUUGCAGGGUCUUUGUGGUAUGUGCUUUGGAUUUGUCAUUUCCGCGAUAUGCGAGCUAGAACGGAACGCCAUCCAGCUUGCACUGGGUUCAUUCUAUCCCACGCUGCUGCUUUCCGGUGUAAUUUGGCCCAUCGAAGGUAUGCCACUGGUGCUGCGAUAUGUUUCACUGUGUCUACCGUUGACACUGGCCACCUCGUCGCUUCGGUCCAUUCUGACCCGCGGGUGGAGUAUAACGGACGAAGACGUCUAUCUGGGCUUCGCAUCCACGGUAGCCUGGAUUGUUAUCUUUUUGCUGGUGACACUGGUCGUACUUAAGUUAAAACGAGGCUAAGGCUCGUGCUGUAGAAUCGCUUGUAGUUACGUAGAAAUCAUUAAUUUAUAUGAGAGCGCAUACCAUCAUCGACUUUGUGUUAGUGUUGCACUAGAAAAGUGGAGAGAAACAGCCGGUUUCUGUACAUUUUGGGUGGAGAAAAUGUACAAACCGCUAAGCAUGGAGUCGUCUCGGGUCGAAUUGAACAAGAACCACGACAUAGUUCCCCUCCACCAAAACUCCGCGCGUUUAUCCAAAAGCAAACUACGCUAUGUCUCGACUCCUUCAAUUCGACCCCGUAUAAAAAAAAACUGUGACGAGAGGAGAGUAACCUUAAAAUCACCCUAAAGCCCCACCACGCUACCCAUUUCGUUGGAAGUUAAACCUCCUAUGCACAGUACAUGUGGGACAAUUAAUCCCCGCUGCUACCCUACCAAUUAAUCUACAGCUUCUGCUUAGUAUAUUCUAAAGAAGUGACAAAAGAAACAGGAAAGCAAUACAGCAGGAGAAGGAGGAGGAGCCAAUUUUUCGUCCCCAUUUCGUUGCGAAAAACAACUGAACCUAAUUUGCUCAAUUUUUUUUCUCUUAGUUAUCAUUUUCAAAUUAGUCAAAAGCAAAAACCGGAUACAUUACGCCAACACAAACAUACACAAAAAAUACACUUCCGCUAAAUAAGAACCCCCGUCGCAGCGGCGGUCAAGAUACUACCGUCCGGAGGUGGUCGCCACGUGGCGAAGCGCACCACCAAAAGAGAACAAGCAAUAGUUUUCCGUGCAGAAGAAGCAAGCAAAACAAUUAUUGAACUGUGAUUAUACAUAUUUUUUUCUUUUUAUACAUAUAUACAUGUACGAGUAAUUUCUCUAAGAACUUUUGUUUAUUGUAUGCUAACAAAAAAAGUUUAGGCAAGAGAGAUCCCCGUUUUUUUGUUUUUAAUAAUUUUAGUAGGGAAGAUGUAAACGCUAAAAAAAAAAAAAAAAACAAACACAAGAGGAAACCAUAGACUUAAUCGAACGUAUCGAGUAAUAAGUGUAGCUGCGUCUGUCAUCUUGCUUUCUUAUAUCGAGCUCAGAAACACGGCUCACAUCCCUACACCUGUGUGAACGCAUGCAGGGAUGCGAGCUGACAGAUAGAAGAAGACAUGACCGAUAAACUUACCAUUUUCGGAAGUAAAAUAGAACGCAUAUGUAAUCUAGUUUUUAUUUGUGACGGGUUCAAGCAAAAGCAAAAUCGCGCAACUACCAUUUUUUCUACUAUCCGCUCCCAGUAGCUCUCGCAUUUGUUUGAUGUUUCGCAUUUAACCUGAUAAGUGACAUUCGCAAAACGAAACAAAAAAAAAUUAAAUAAAGCCGGAA